UGUACAUAAAUAAACAAACGGAAACUGUGCGCGGAUUCAAAAAGUCGAACUGUUCCACUUGUUUAUGCUUACCGUAUAGCUAAUUUUUUUUGUUUGCCAUUAAAAUGUCGUAUCUUCGACCAAGAAGCAGUUUGCAGCAUCGACCUUUACCUCAAAUGCAGCGUCCUGGACUCAGGAACAACUCGGGUUCGUCUCAGUAUUUAGGAAACUUUGGAAAUCAGCCGAAGGAGGAUUUAUUAAAACAAGAACCAGCCAGACCUUCAUACAUGGAUUCCUCAAGUGAUGAAUCAGUUUCAGCUUCGUUCUUUCUCAAGAAACCAAUAAAUGAUGAAGAAAAUGAAGAUGAAAUUUCAAAUAAGAAAAAUUUCGCCGAAGAAACAAAAAUACCUAACAAGUCUUCUGAAAAUUUGAGACCAAAAACCUCUAGUGGUAUGCAAGAAAAAGCUACCACUUCAUAUCAUGGUAGCGAUGCUAUGGCAAGGUUUGCUGAGUUAGAAAACAGGAUCAAAGCUAGAGCAAAAGAAUCACAGGCGAUGAGUUUAUCAUUGUCGGAUUUAGACAUCAGCACUGAUUCUGAAAUUAAGAGAGAUGUUAAACAGUUAAGAAAGCAGAGAACAUCGAAAACCACUUCUACAAAAAUUUUUCUCAUAAAAAAGUCAUUGUCUUCGUCUUCAUCUUCAGAGAGUGAAAAGAUUGAUUUCAUUAAAAGAGAUAUGCCAAGCAAGUCAGUUACAUCUGCAUCUGUUGAUGAAACAUUUGAAAGUAAAAGAAAGACUGUGUCAUUUGCUGCCAACCUUGUACAAACCUCACAAGACGCUUCGUUGGAUGAGUUUUUGCCGAGUCAUCACAGUAAUGAUGACAUCAGCUUAGAUGAGUUUCUUCCAAAAAGCAGCUUGCAAAAUAUAAUGACCCUGGAUGACUUGGAACCUGCUGAAGGUUCUGCAUUAGAUUUUAGUCGUAUUCAUUCAGUGGAUGAGCUUUUACCAGCUGCACAGCAAAGCAGUGAUGGGACUGACUCAGUGUCCUCCUAUGAUCCUGGAAAGAGUUUUUCCAACAUCCGAUCCAUUGAUGACCUUGAGAGUGUCGCAUCAGAAUCGGAAGACACUAAGACGCCGGUGAAAAAUAAACCACAACCACAACUCCAAACCAAUAUUUUUAAACCAGCAAGAAAGGAAGAUUCCGUUUCUUCAAUAGAAGAUGUUGUUGAAGAUGAUGUUGCAGAAGAAGUGGAGGAGAUUGAAGAUGAAUAUACAUCGGAGUUCAACACAGAUGAGGAUGAUACAUUGAAAGAUACGGAAAGCAUAACUCAUGAUGUGUCUUCAAUUAAAGAAGAGUCUUCUCAGUCAGUUGCUUCAACCAUCUCAUCUGAAAGUGAAACACAAUCCAAGCAAACAACAAACACGCCAUCAUACACUGAAACUUUCGAAUCUGACACCUCAGCUACAGAGUCUGACUCAACUGUCCUCAAACCAGCAACUGUAAAAACUGAAACUGCAGUGCAAACAGAGCCGGUUGAUAUUCAUGCUAAAGAUGAUCCCUUUAAAGGAAUAGCAUUUUCUCCAGUGUUUCCACCAACAUUAGUUGUAAGUAAUGAAGCUCUUGCAGCACUAACAAGUUACUCACCUGCAACACUAGCAUUACAAGACAUGAUGAAACGUCAGCUUGCGCUUACCAAGGACUUUAUAGAGCGUUCAGAAAGACUUCACCAAUCCACAAUGUCAUCUCUUACUCCCAAUUAUCAUUAUACAACUUUAGAGGAGACAAAGCAGAUCAUAAACGCUCACAGGAAGAAGAGAAAUUUGCCUCCAAGAGUCUGAUUAGUUAGUUUUGUACCAUGUACACUGUGCAAUACCAACACUGUGUAAAUUUUAGAUAAUAAAUAAAACACCGACUGAUUUG